AACCAAUGGGAGAGUAAGUCAGGUCAGAGUCGCUUUUGACCAUCACGUUUAAAGAGGCUAGCCAGUGUAUCAAGACAGUCGGGCGUGAUUGAGAGACAGGUCCUUGACCACUCCUGGUGCCGAUAGAUCAUGUAUUGCUACUCGUAGAACAGACCACAUUGCUCGCUCUACUUUUACUGUUCAAGUACGGUUACCAACCAAGUAACUUCCUACAAUUCACUGAUAACAACUCUGUGCGAGGUAGGAAAAAAGACUCGAACUGAAGUGCAAAACAAGAGUGAGGUCUAUAAAGUCAGCACCAUUGCUAACGUCAAUUUUAAAGUGUAAUAUUAACGGUCAAGCGGCUGGAAACUUCACCUUUGCCUACUGCUACCGGGUUCGCUGAUUUUGUAUAUGACAAAGACGAUCGUUGUUUCAAAUACAGAUGUCAACAAGUGUUUCGUGAGUUGUGUCAGUGCAGCAAGCUGGCUACAAAAACUUAACUGGUAACCUUGUGAUGUGCCAUCGAAGAAGUCAGCCCGCCAUAUCGACAAUUAUACCCUGUUGGUCGCAUUCGGAUCCGCAACUCUCUACGUAUACGUGCUAGGAGCUACUGAAUUUAAUUAAAGCGCUGGUUUCUAGUGCCCUAGUGGCGUCCAAGUAAAUAGCAGAAGAAGAAUCGAUUUGUUGUCCGGAGCGGCAUUUCGCUAUAGCAGUGCGACGGUGGCCGGCAACGCAGCGAAGUCGGAAUGCGCGGGCCAAAUUCGUGGGUCAUUUUGACUCUGGUCGCGGGUCUCCUGCUCCUGGGCCGGCUGGAGAUCCUGCCCCGAGCCGAGGCAGCACGUGCAAAUGACAGCCCAACAGCGUCGCAAAACGUCGACCCUUCGAAGGAAAUAAAGGAGGACCAUCUUGGCGAUAUCUUCGAAAGCGAAAGAAAUGAGGAAUCCGGCGAUAACUAUUAUGAAGAUGAUGAAGAGGGCGACCAGGAAGAAGUAGAGGAGACGCAUGCGAACCCAUUGGCUGAGCUCGACGAAUCUCACGGACGCCACGUUUCACACAGAACCUCACACGGUGAAGCCUGCGGAACGGGCUUCGCACGGUGUCGUAAUGGGCGAUGCUAUCUGCUCAGGAGAAAGUGCGACGGAGUACUUGACUGCACAGACGGGUCAGACGAAUAUAACUGCCGUCCCAGACGCCCUCUACCGCCAGACACGUUCACCACACCGUCCAAUACAUUUGACCCGUUCGAUAGCAACACGACGCCCUAUCAUGUCCACACGCCACCGAGUCGGGUAACAACGAGACCCUUCUAUUCCGCAACGGGUGGGAUGGCAAGUUCUACGUCCUAUUCCCCGAGUGGGAAUCAUUAUGCGACUUCUGAUGGCCAAGAUUAUCGAUCAACCACUCGUUUUGAGGCCUUCUAUAGACCUACUACAACUCGUUCUCCAGUGCCUACGACCUUAGGUGUCCGAUCAUACCCCCCUGAGUCGAACAGCCAGGAUCUCUAUGCUAAUCGAGGCCAUCCUGGUCUAUUUAGCGACUACACCCGGCCAACACGUUACCCUUUUGCAAACACGAGUUACUAUUACCCGAUCAGCUCGAAGCCGUAUUUUCCAGGCCCAGGCCCAAGAUAUCCGACGCUUGAACCAGUUAGCGCACGACGAAGCCACCCUUCAUCAGUUGUCACCUAUCAGACACCUACUGACAACCUUUACCGCCCGACCCGUUAUCCGACGUCAAGGAUAUACACAGAGACUGUCACCAGUUCCUAUUCACCGAUCCCGGAAAGAUGGCGUCCGCCACAAGUUGUAACGGAGACGAGAUUGCCUGCCACCCCGGCAGGACCAGAUGGCCGAAGGCAAACGGUUACGACAGCAGAGCCGACGACGACGCGUGCUGCUUUAGCAACAAUUAUGACUACCACAACACAUGCGCCAUUUGUCGUGCGCGAAUGCCUGCGACGAAAGGAGUUCCGAUGCGCAUCGGGUCAAUGCAUACCCCGUUGGCAGAUAUGCGAUUAUGUCACAGACUGCUACGACGGAUCAGAUGAGCGUCAUUGCAAACCGUGCGAUGACCGAAUUCAUUAUACAUGCGUCAAUGGUCAAUGUAUCAACAAGGGCCUCGUUUGUGAUGGAAACAAUGAUUGCCGAGACAAAAGCGAUGAGGCAACGUGUAGUAAGACGUUCUGUUCGCCCGACGAGUUCCGCUGCGGUGAUGGAAGCUGUAUACCAAACAGGGCACAAUGUGAUGGCCGGAAAGACUGUCGUGACGGCACGGACGAAGGCCCGCAUUGUAUGCGGCAGUCGGCCGUGUCCAAUAGGACAGUUACAAAUCACAGUGGUGCAGCUGGAAAUGCCGAGAGCAGUGCAUGCGCUUCAAACGAAUUUCGGUGCGACGACGGCUACUGCCUAAAUGAAAGCCGUCGAUGUAAUCGAGUGAUUGAUUGUCACCAUGGCGAAGACGAACUUGGCUGCGAAGCGGACAGGGGGUGCGCAGCGACAGAGUUCAAAUGUCCCCAAGACGGCCUCUGCAUCCGACAGAAUCAGCUUUGUGAUGGCGUGCUUGACUGCAUAGGCGGAAACGAUGAAAUGAAUUGUGGCAAUCAUCACCGAGUAAAUCCAGCGCAUAGCUUCAGCCAUCCGAAAGAUGCCGACAGAGCGCACUAUCCAAAGCAUCCAAAUCGGCCGGAUGAAAACUCUGACGAACGAUGCCGCGAACAUGACCGUCGUUGGAGACAGGAAAUGGAGCGUCGUCGGAUAGAAGAACAACAACGAAGACUCGAACAGCAGCAGUAUGAAAAGGAAAUGAUUCGCCGGAGAGCCGAGGACGCUCGACGGAAUCGCGAACAUUGGGAGUUGAAAGAACGUCAACAGGAAGAGGAAGAACGCCAGAGACAGAAAGAAGAAACAGCUAAAAAGGUAGAUGAUGCUGUUAAAUGGAUCGAAGAUGCAUUGUCAGAGGCGGGUAAUGUAGUGGAGGCGGGGGUGGGCUCAUCCCGGCAAGGCCAGUGUCUUCCGGGCGAAUUUGCCUGUCGCACCCAUGAUCAGUGCGUAGCAGCAGGACGUCGCUGCGAUCGGCGCCACGACUGUUUUGAUGGGUCUGAUGAGGCCAACUGUUGUACAAGCGGUGAGUUCCAGUGCGGCGACGGAUCCUGUGUCCGAGCGCAGAAUCGCUGCGAUGGCCGACGUGAUUGUUCUGACGGAGCAGACGAAAUCGACUGCCCUGAUCAAAAACUUUGCGGCGCAUCGAAAUUUCACUGUGGAGAUGGCCAAUGCAUCAAGGAUAUUCUCCGUUGUGAUGGUUACUAUGAUUGUAACAACUUCGCUGAUGAACAGAACUGCGAAUUUCAUGAUUGUGGUCCAGCGCAGUUCAAGUGCCUGUCGGGCCUAUGUAUCGCAAGGGACGAAUUCUGCGACGGCAUACCCCAGUGCCCUGAUCGAUCAGACGAGAUCGAUUGUUGGCGCUGUCAGCCAACGCAGUUUACGUGUACCAACGGACAGUGCAUCGAGCGGGGUCACCGCUGCGAUGGCAAACCCCAUUGUGCAGACGGAUCCGACGAGAACGGAUGUUCCGUGAGCGAUAUCGACGUUCGUGUCUAUCCUUCUUUCCAAAACGAGACAGCUGGACAUAACGUCGUUAUAAGAUGCCGCGACGAAGGACCCCGCCGCUUGAAGGUUCAUUGGGCUCGCGCCGAUGGACGACCACUGAAAAGCGGUCACAGCGAUCACCGUGGACGUUUGACCCUGCCUCGAGUUACCGAGGACGAUGCCGGAGUCUACCUGUGCGUGCCACUAUCCGUCGACGGCCAGGAGCUGCGGCCCAGCCAGAAAAGCGCCACCCUCGUCGUGACCGCCCCCAUUUCGAAGGCCUCCAAGGGCAACCUCGCUACAGGCUACUGGACCAUCAGCAGCACAUCAACAAACGCGGCAACAGUCGAAUACAAGAAGGCCCGUAGAAUAUCCCGCAACUCUGCAUCAGUGUCCGAGGAGCCUAACCGACCUAUCCUUGUUCGGCCGAAUGGUGGUGGAGACACUGCUUUGGCCGGUUCUGGGGGGGGUGCGUCCGCGACCUCUGAAGGCACAACGCCGACUGGGCUUGAUGUUUCCGAGGGUUGCAACCGGGACGAGGCAGCCUGCCACAGCGGACAGUGUGUUCUGCGCAAGUAUCUCUGCGACGGAGACUACGACUGUGAGGAUGGUUCCGAUGAGCUCAACUGUGCUCAACAAUCAGAAUGCGAGCCCAACGAAUUUGAAUGCGCCAAUCGGCGUUGCGUGUCCAAGACGUUCUGGUGUGACGGUGAUGAUGAUUGCGGAGAUCGAACUGACGAAAGUGACUGUAAAACUGUAGUUGUGGGGUCAGCCUGUAGCCAGCGCGAGUACCAAUGUUCGUCGCAGGAUCAGUGUAUUCCACGAUCGUUCCAAUGCGACCAAGAGUUCGAUUGUCAGGACAAGUCCGAUGAAAUUGGCUGUGGACCACCGAUCAUUAUCACUCCCCCACCGAAGGUGGUAACCGCGUCCGAAGGUGAUACAGUAAACGUCAGUUGUGGGGCUAUCGGUAAUCCGGAGCCAUUCAUUAGCUGGCGAAAAAACUGGGGUCAUAUUCCUUCUCCCCCACGAGUGACAACAACGUCCGAUCGUGGCGUUGGCAUCCUGACGAUUCGAGAGGUAUCUCAGUCAGACCAAGGCGCUUGGACGUGUGAAGCAAUGAACGUGCGAAAAAAUGUCCUAGCAGUCCCCGAUACGAUAUUGGUCGUUAAAGCGCGAGGUAUUUGUCAGAACGGACAAUUCAAUGAAGAAGCCAAAUCGUCGAAGGAAUGUCUGAAUUGUUUUUGUUUUGGGGCUUCAACGAGCUGCCGGUCAAGUAACAUGUAUCGCGUGGCACUCAAUUCGAGCCUUCUGUCGGCCCAUGUUUUCGAGAGGAGCAACCAUGGAAGCUACAAGGACGUUUCGAACAACUACAGCCCGAUGCAUAAAGCAGUCGUUCAGACUGGCGACGAGUAUUCGAUUGACGGGACCCUAAUUGAGAAAUUAGCAGGAAGUCAUCAACUGUAUUGGAGCAUUAGUGGUGACCUUCUGGGACCUCGGGUCGCCUCAUAUGGAGGAUAUCUUAAAUACUCUAUCAAAUUCAAAAGCGGGAUGCAGGAGGAGCGCCUGUCCGAUGAUUUUGCAGAUGUCGUCAUGCGAGGAAAUGGUCUAGAGAUCUUCUAUCGCUCAGGCAUACAUUAUCUACCCGAUCAAGAAUAUAAAAUCAACAUGCAGAUCAUUGAGCACCGUAGCCAUGAUGGCAGCAUGGAUGACACACAUGAAUAUGAUUCUUGUCGCCAGGGGGCGUGGCUACGGCCCUCCCACUCCGGUCAGUCCGGCGGCCAUCAUGGAGGACGUGGGGCUCUUCGUGAAGACAUCAUGACGGUUCUCGCUGAUCUGAACGGAAUUUACAUUCGAGCCGGUUACACAAUCGAGCUUUUACAAGCCAGCAUCAGGAAGGUGGAACUAGAUUCAGCCAGCUAUUCGAAUCCUCAAGGCGUCAUAGCGGUUCUCGUGGAACAGUGUACCUGUCCUCAGGGUUAUGUAGGGCACUCUUGUGAGCAAUGUGCCGCUGGAUUCGUACGCCGUCAAAGUGGUCAGUUUCUCGGGUCCUGCGUUCAGGGUGUCAUUCCUUGUGCCUGCAACGGUCAUUCCAACACGUGCGACCAGACUACUGGCAAAUGCUUGAACUGCCAACAUAAUACCGAUGGUGUCCACUGCGAGAAAUGCAAACGGGGUUUCUAUGGACAGGCAACUAGGGGGACGGCCUUCGACUGUAGACCCUGCCCGUGUCCACCAAUAACAGUCCCACCUCACAUGUUGACAAGCCGAUUUACUGGGUAUCCUGCUGAGUGGUUUGCGCCCUCGUGUCAGCUAGACGCCGACGGAGAGGUGACGUGUACAGCGUGUCCUAUUGGCUACGAGGGUAGACGCUGCCAAAAGUGCGCCCAUGGCUAUGAACGUUCGGAUCUAGGCAACACCUGCCGACUUUCGGAAUGUGACGUUGAUCAAUUCCAAUGUGGUGGCGGCAGCUGCAUUAUGAGGCGGCAACAGUGUGAUGGCCGCUAUGAUUGUGAAGACUUUUCUGAUGAACAUGGUUGUGCGUGCACUCUAAACCAGUACAAAUGUCGUGAUGGCGUCUGCAUAGAUGCCCGGGCUCGGUGUGACGGAAAGGCAGACUGUCUCGAUAUGUCUGAUGAACAACAAUGCGGCACGUUCCGAUGCAACUCAGCUGGCUCACUGAGUGCGGACCCUUCGCCAUCAACUGGACUCUGCCCAUGUAAACCUCUUGUGACCGGCACUGCUUGUGAUACAUGCAGGACGAACUCCUUCUUUCUGCACGCCGACGCGCCAUUAGGCUGCGUUCAAUGCUUUUGUAUGGGCAUCACUUCAUCGUGUACCUCGUCAAACUAUUACCGCGAACAGGAGAUUCUCCGCUUUACUACGUCAACGGAAGAUGUUCGCAUAACUGAUCAGCAUCGCAGUACUACUAGCGACUCUGGCUUGAAGGCAGAAACCACUCGGAGAGAACUGGUUUUUUCGGAGGCUAGCGUGGCUAAUUACAGCUACGCUCGCGGCUCAUCUGACGUCGCCUACUGGCAGCUACCGGAACGUUUUCUGGGCAGAAAGACGCUUGCCUAUGGCGGCGAGCUCCGUGUCAAGCUACGCUAUGAAGGUGGCGGCAUUUAUCGCGACCAAGAACCUGACAUCAUCCUCGUCGGCACCCGAGCAACAUUGCAGCACCGAUUUGCCGACAAAUUGUCCGGCAUGUUUGCUCAGCAGCUGACCGUUCGUAUGUUUGAGAGUUCGUUCGUGAAAGCGGACGGCCUCCCCUCCCGCCGCGAGGACUUCAUGCUAGUCCUAGCCAACCUGCAGGCUAUCCUUAUUAAAGCAACUUACGUCGACGACACCGAGCUCGCCGCACUGGUGGAAGUAAGUUUGGACAUUGCAGUUCCUUCUAACACUGGCCAGGCUUUAGCCCUCUCAGUCGAGCAAUGUCGUUGCCCUCGUGGUUAUCGUGGACUUUCUUGCGAAGCCUGUGAACGAGGAUUCACGCGUUCGGCUUCCGGCUCUUUUCUCGGACUCUGUGAGCCGUGUUUUUGCAAUGGCCACUCAUCAGAUUGUGAUCCAGAAUCAGGAGUUUGCCGAGAUUGUCAACAUCAUACUACUGGGGACUUCUGCGAUGAGUGCGCACCCGGCUUUGUAGGUGAUGCCACCGCUGGAACUUCAAGCGACUGUACUGAUAUCUCUGAGCCUUCGUGCCAGUGUGACACGCGGGGCAGCAUUAGCGAGGAUUGCGAUAUCAGCGAACAAUGCGCUUGUAAAGAGUAUGUCGAGGGUAAAAAUUGUCAGCGAUGCAAGGAAGGCUACUUCCAAUUGGAGGCCGGCAACCCACACGGUUGCACACCAUGUUUCUGUUUUGAAGUUACCGAAAAAUGCACUUCAUCAACAUUUUAUCGUGCCGAAAUUUUUAUGGCGCUCGCCGACCUCGAUGACCCCUUCCAACACCAUUUUCAGUUGACUGAUCGUUUACAAAUGCAGCAAAUCACCGAAGGAAUUGUGGUGAACCCCUCUCUAAACUCGGUCUCAUUUGCAUCAUUUUCUAGUCAGGAGACGUUAUUUUGGUCAUUGCCUGAACAGUUUUUGGGUAACAAACUCGCCUCAUACGGGGGCUAUCUUAGCUUCAGUCAGCACUAUACGGCCGAAACCGAAGGGGAACCAUUCAACGACGCCGACAUCCAGAUAACGGGCAACGGAAUGACUUUGUUUUAUAUCCUGCAUCCGCCACCGAGUCCGGCAGAACAGCGGAGCUAUCGAGUUCCACUUCGCGAGCUCGACUGGCGACACUUCGACCCGGAGACGUCGCUGUCGUCCGAGGCCUCCCGUCAUGACCUUCUUCGCGUGCUGGCCAAUAUCGAAGUGCUCCUCAUUCGAGCUACGUUUAGUUCGCGCAUGUUGUUAACGUCGCUAAGCAGCGUGAACAUGUCGACCGCUGUGCCGCACGCCACCGACUCGCCAGACGGGAUUGUAGCGCACGAGGUGGAACAGUGCACGUGCCCCCCGGGUUACGCCGGUCUAUCAUGUGAAGAGUGCGCCCCCGGCUACCUGCGGGACCUCAGCGUACCUCACGCAAUUCGCUGCUCGCGUUGCCAUUGCAACGGACAUUCAGAGUCGUGCGACCCGAAGACCGGCCAGUGUAUGAGAUGUCGACAUAACACAGCGGGCGGCCAUUGUGAUCGCUGUAAGCAGGGUUUUUACGGGGACGCCACGGUUGGCACCCCCGAGGACUGCAAGCCCUGUCCAUGCCCUCAUAUGCAAGCCUCUAAUCAAUUUUCAAAGACGUGCUUUUUGGACACGGACGGUCAGGCUACGUGUAAUGCGUGCCCUAUCGGAUAUUCUGGCCGCAACUGCGAGACUUGCUCUACAGGCUAUAUCGGAAACCCACUUCGGCUGGGGGAUCAUUGCGUAAAGCACGCGAACAACGAUACCACUAACCCACUAAGCUUCGUUCGCGUUCAAGUCCACGAGCCCAAAACUCUACGUGUCGCCCCAGGAGCAACUGCCGUGUUAAGAUGCAAUGCCUACGGAAGAUCUAACGUGCCAGUCUCAGUGUUUUGGAGCCGAGAGCGAGGUCUACCGCUCCCAGCACGCGCAACCGAUGCUUCAGGAUUGCUGACAAUCGUAGAUACCCGCCUGGAUGAUAACGGCACGUAUAUGUGCUCCGUUGCCUUACCAGGCUUUGGGCCACAGCCUCACAUUCUAGGUCCAACGUUGCCAAUGUUCCCUAACCCACACAGCACAGAUACCUUACUGAGCAACCCCGCUCUGUCGGACAGCGCUUUUCUAAUUGUAGAAGGACUUGAAACCCGCAUUGGUCCACGCGUUCGCAUCGAUCCGCAGUUUUUAAAGGUUAGCGCGGGUCAGCCAGUGACGUUUCGCUGCAUUGCCUCAGGGCAUCCAGUGCCCGAAUUACGAUGGGAAAAGGCGGGUAAUGGGCUUCUUUCGCCCGACUCAACCUUCGUUGAUGGAUCGUUUCGAAUCGGGUCCGCCCGUGGCUCCGAUCAAGCUGAAUACUUUUGCUUGGCCACUAACGUCGCCGGUUCGCAUAGGGCGCGGGCUGUCCUUUUCGUUCGUGGAGAUGAUAUAGGCGCUACGCAGGCCCCUCAGGUCACAGUGAGUCCCUCUGCGGUUGAAGUCCUGCCUGGGGAGAAUAUUUGGCUUAAGUGCGCCCCAUCCGGCCACCCAGCACCCCAGUUGACCUGGGAAUUUGAACAUGGAGUGCUGCCACAUAAUACACAGCUGGUAAGUGGCAAACUUCUUAUCUACAACGUUCAGGAGCACAAUCGGGGCAAUUAUACCUGUACCGCACAUAACAAGUACGGGUCAGCUUCAGUCGACUCCGUUAUCUCCAUUAUUACCAACCGCACGAGCCCGAUCGUGCAUAUCGAACCAGAAAGACAGACAGUCCGGGAAGGUGAAGAUGCACGUCUACGAUGCGCAGCCCGUGCUCAGCCGUCUGCUUAUCUCACGUGGACCCGCAUAGGGGCAAAUCUUACGUUUAGACACUUGUCUUUGGAAGACGAAUUGAUUAUCGAAAAGGUUGAAGUGUCUGAUCGAGGCAUGUACGUGUGCACCGCGGAAAACAGGGAGGGUUCUGCCCAGGCUACAAGCUUGCUUGAAGUAGAUCGUCGCGCGGCUCCAGAGGUCGAUAUUUACCCUGGAGGAUAUAUGGACCCGGUAGAAGAAGGCUCACCUGUACUAUUGCAGUGUCGAGUUUUAAGCGGUGUACCUGCGCCCCGUUUACAAUGGGCGCGUGCUGACGGAGCACCUUUGUCUUCUGGCGCUGACCUCUCGGUUGAGGGUGUUCUUCGGUUUAACCGAUUCACGGCAGCGGAGGUCGGAACUUAUACGUGCACAGCCGAAAAUCCAUUAGGUAUUAUGGUUGCAUCGAGACAAUUAGCUCUUCGUGGCGUGCCAUCACUACGGAUCGUUCAACGUAGUCCGUACACGGUGCGAACAGGUGAUCCGAUCCGGUUAGACUGUCUUGCUAUGUCGGUUGGUGCUGACGGGCUCCUAUUAGGCUUGUCGCAAUCAGCAACUACCAGCGGCCAUAUGCUUCGCUGGAGCAAACAGGGCCAGGCUAUAACAAGUUACUCAAGCCAAGACGUGCACGGCUCAACCCGUUCACUAAUUAUUCAACGUGUGGCCCCGAGUGACGCUGGCCACUACGUAUGUUCAUGCUGCACACUGCCAAAAGGUCAACAGUCUCAAGGCGAACUGCCAGAGGGAGUCGAGCCGCGUGAGAGGAACGUGGUCGAGGAGAGCGUGCUCGUCAUAGUCCAGUCAGCAACGAGCGGCGUACUUGAACUGCUUGUCGAUGACGAGGUCAUUUCAGCUCGAUUGGGGGCAUCCGUUGAGCUGCGUUGUCGUCUAAGCGGUAGCGAGGAUAGUGACGCGACCGUUAGCCAGCCUUUGAGACUCGAGUGGAACAAAUUGGAUGGUCGACCCUUAGCACCUGACGGAGAACGAGUCACAUUGUCUCCAGAUGGCGGUGGAGUGUAUAUCAGCUCAACGGUAGAAGACGAUGCCGGACUAUACGAGUGUCGUGCGCUUCAAGGAGAGCACUUAUUAUUUUCUAGGUCAACGAAAUUAUCAAUCGUCGGAGUAUACGCUAGAGGUCCACCACGAAUAUCAGUGAAUCCGUCUGAGCAAAGCGUGCAACCCGGGGAGGAUGCUCGACUGAGCUGCAUGGCCUGGGGUGAUCCGCCUGUUGCGUUGCAUUGGUCACGUGACAGUGGACAUUUCCUGCCAGUUACAGCUCGAGUUCGAGGUCAGGGUCACACUCUUGAAUUGCGAGGUGUACGUCGAAAUGACGCCGGUCGAUAUCGCUGCACAGCUGUAAACGCCGCAGGUCGCGCGUCUGCGGCGUCAAUGCUUCUGGUUAGUAAAGCCGGACAACCUCGUUCAGGGCGACGAGGUGAAGAGACCGCGCUGGUCGGUAACACCGUCGAACUUCGAUGUCCUUCGAGCGGGUCGGUGGAGCGCCACGUUGAAUGGGAAGUUUCACCUAACGAAAGCAACACUGGCGGGUCAUCAACUCUCACGACACUGCCCGCAAAUUCCAAAGUUCAUCGAGGCACAUUACGAUUUACAAACGUUACGCUACGCGACGCUGGACGCUAUUCGUGCACAAUCAAGACUAAGGAGGGUCAGAUCCUUGGCAAGGAUUACGUCGUCCUCAAUGUCCGAGAACCGAAUUCACUGGAGGUGUCUGUGCGCGCCUCCAAAGAGGUUAUUCUUCCGGGAGAUACCGUUGAUCUUCUAUGCCACGUAGCUGGAGCUCAUCAACGUCCCCGAAUCCUCUGGAGUCGACUAGGAGCGUCCUUCCUACCCGAUAAUGUUAUUGCCGCUGGCAGUAUGCUAACUAUAAACCGUGUCCGUUCCGAAAAUGGCGGGGUUUACCGGUGUUUGGUUGAAAAUUCCGAGGGAUCCUUCCAUGGCGACUACGUCUUCACCAUUCAGAAAAUGCCUACGCUGGAUCCUGAUCUAGUCGAUGUAAAGCACGUUAAAGUCAGAGGUUCAUUCGAAAUUAUUUGUAAUUCGUCCUUGGAUCAGCCUGUGUCGUACACCUGGACCAAAUUACCGUCGGGGAAGCUACCGUCGAAAGCACGGACCCGAAACGAGUUACUUGUCGUAGCUGACGCGGCUCCUAGCGACGCAGGAACGUAUAUCUGCAUUGCCCGAAAUGAAAAUUAUCGAUUAGAGGUGCCCACCCACGUGGUAGUUACCGGCGCUUUACCGCGUUUUGUCCAAGCGCCAAGAUCAUAUAUUCGGCUGCCGGCGAUUCCCGAUGCAUAUAAACGAUUUGAUAUUGAACUUCGAUUCCGGGCUGAUAAACUGGACGGGCUGCUUCUCUAUAACGGAAACGAGGGUCACGUAGACACAGCUGAUUUUAUAUCUCUUGGCCUUGUGAACGGAUACAUUGAGUUCCGUUUCGACAUCGGAUCUGGCCCGGGUCUACUGCGUUCACCGUUUCCCAUCACAACGGACAAAUGGCAUUUGGUACGAUUUGGCCGCCAACUGCGGGAAGGCCAUCUGCAAAUUGAUUCAGGCCCGGAGAUACGAGGAAACUCCAGAGGGCCGAUGACCGGCUUAGACUUGCGUGCUCCACUCUAUCUAGGUGGAGUGCCGGAUUUUCGCAAUAUUUCGAAGGCAAAUGGCUUCACAAGCGGUUUCAUCGGAUGUAUCAGCGAACUCGUUGUGGGGGUUCGUCAGAUUGCCUUACAAGGCACCGGAACAGAAUUUUCCGAAGGAGUGACUGAAUGCGACACGUGCGCCCUCAACCCGUGUCUCAACAACGGGGUCUGCCAGCCUGCACCAACACCUGCCGGAUACAGCUGCCUAUGCAUUCCGGGCUUUACGGGAGACACAUGUUUGCACACAGGUGAAUCUUGUUACCCCGGAGUAUGUGGCGAGGGUAUGUGCGUUAAUCGGCCUCGUGGAGGCUUUGAUUGUUUCUGUCCAUUUGGACGCGUCGGACUGCGUUGCGAACAAAGCGUUACCAUCGUAGAGCCAUCUUUCCAGGGCGACGAUUCCUCGUAUAUAGCCUACCGACUACCCGCUCGACACAAGGACAAAUUCAAUGUGAGCCUACGAAUCCGGCCACGGAAUGUUGCCAGAGAUUCAAUUGUGCUCUAUUCUGCGCAGAAUGCUGAUGGGCAUGGAGACUUUGUCGCGUUGGCCAUCCGGAAUGCCACACUGGAGUUCCGUUUUAACACUGGUUCAGGUGUUACCAUUAUAAAAAGCAAAGAAACUCUCUUGCCCAAUGGAUGGGUGCCUGUUGAAAUAUCAACUAUGGCGAAAAGUGGCCAGCUCGUCGUUCGGGGUACGCGCUAUGCGGGCACGAGUAAAGGUCAUACAAAAGGACUUGACCUGGGCUUGCCCCUAUAUGUGGGCGGACUUCUUCGAGAUAAGGUCCGACUGCAUCCCGAUGUAGCAGCACCCUCACAGCUUGCCGGGUUCGAAGGCUGUAUCGCUCAUGUUAAGGUAAAUGGCGCUAGUUUAGAUCUGACGUCCUCCGUAGAGUCAUCUGCUAACGUUGAGGACUGCGGUGGACGGGCGCCGUGCCAUAUAAAUCCCUGUUUCAACGGGGGCAUUUGCCGUGAACGGGGCGCUGGCUCUCAGGAUUACGAGUGUAUCUGCCGCUCCGGCUUCGAAGGUCCGAACUGCGAGCGCGGAGACUCCGUUUGCCAACGUGAAGAGCCAUGCGCGAAUGGGGCACUAUGCCGUCCGCUAAACGCGUCGGAAUUUGUGUGUGCAUGCCCAAAAGGUUAUACAGGUCGACGCUGUGAUCAGAUUGCCGAUUUUCAUCAAAGUGCACAGUUUGCCGGGGACGGAUGGCUGCAAUUAGACCGAUCGCAUCUGUCCCACAAAGAUGAAGAGACGGUUAAGUUGAGUUUUAGCACCACGGAGCGUGAUGGCAUACUUCUAUUCCAUGGUCCAAAGCCAGAAGACACCGACGCCAAAUUAAGUGAUUAUCUUGCUUUAGUUAUCGCAGACGGGUUCCUUAUGUACACCUACGACAUGGGAAGUGGGGCUGCCGUAAUUCGUUCCGAUGUGCGAGUAGAUGACGGUGAACUACAUACGGCACAACUUUGGCGACGAGAACGUGAGGGCAGACUCAAUGUCGACGGAGUGGACUUUUCUGGCAGUUCGGCUGGGAGUCUUGUCAUGCUUAAUACAGAGGGGGACAUCUACCUUGGCGGAGUUCCUGAACCCCGGAAAAUGACCGCUGGUCGAUUCGAGAACAAUUUCAGAGGAUGCGUGCAUAACGUGCACAUUCGAGACUCGCAGGUGCUUGAUCUAUUUGACAUCUCGGUCAGCUCGAUAAACGUCGCUGAGUGUGGACAGGGGGCUCUGUCCCAGCAACAACAACAGCAGCAGCAACACAGUCCGUCGUCACAAGUCAGCUCUCUCCAACUGGAGUGAAAAAAGGGCUGUAUAAAUAAACAUAUACAUAUACAUAUACAUAUAUAUAUAUAUAUAUAUAUAUAUAUAUAUAUAUACAUACAUAUGUAUAAUGCAUAAUCUACCCCCCAUGAAAUAGAACCGUUUCAAUACGAAGAGCAUCUGGCGAAACCAACGAAAACUAAGCUUAGAAGCCCACGUUCAUAUCUAGAGUCACCACUUGAAAAAUUCCGAUAAGAAUUCUUCUAAAUUUAUAUCUAACAAUGCUAUCUUAUUACAUUCAGUAUAUUUAAUGUUUACUUUGAUAAAAUAGUUGACACAAAGAAAGGCACACGAAGACACACUAUUAGCCCUGAAUUGUGCGGAUGAAAUUUGUGCGUAAAUAAUUUCUUUGUAAUGUAAAAUUUUAUAAUAAAACAUUGAUCUAGUAAAUAAACAAACUUGAGUUUUCAACUCUGCACAAAUAUUUACGUAUCAAAAACAAAGAGACGUAUAAACUGAUAGACAAAGUACCGGCUUG